AUGUCAACCUCUAUCCGAUUUGGGUUUGAUCCCAAAAGUGACGAUUACAAACUAGUUGCGCUUACUCGCCUUCAUGACACUGUCUUUGAAAAUGUGGGUGAGGUUUACAGCAUGAGAAAGGGUUCUUGGGAAUCAAUCACUCAACCGUUUCCAUCACACAUCAGAAGGAUUGAAAACACCGAUCAACUUUGUGUAGAUGGCCAUGAUGGUCAUCUUCAUUGGCAAAAUGAGACAGAAGAAACGAUAGUGGCAUUUGAUUUAGGUUUAGAGACGUUCCGUGAGAUACCUGUUCCAGAUUCUCUACUAGAUUCCAACCACAUUGCACAUCGUUUAGGAGUUUUGGGUGGAAAGCUUUGUGAGAUUUCAUGGCAAAAGAAUGGUGCAUGGGAGGUGUGGGUGAUGGAGGAGUAUGGGAUGCCUGAAUUAUGGGUCAAACGCUAUGUUUUCCCUAAGUUUAUUAAUGAUGGUUGGAGAUUUCCAUUUGGAUUCACAUCACGCAAUGAACUGCUUCUUGUAGAUUGUAGGGGUCGACUUGUUUUGUAUGAUCCAAUUUCAAACAAGGCUAAAUUGACCUCUACAGAACAAAGCGCACAUAGAAUCGUGGAGUAUGUGGACACUCUUUUUUGGGUCUAG